AUGGCCGAGCCUACAGCGGCGGAGGGACUUCCCCCGCAAGGCACGCCACCAUUUCAAGCCUUGGACUUUUUUAUCCCGGGCUUCUCAGUUUUCUCGAACCUCAUUCAAACAUACCUUCACGUCGACCUCAACCUCUACAUUCCACUUGCCCUUCUUCUCACAGGCCUUCUCUUUACAUGGCGCUACUUUAGCGACUUUGCUGAACAUCUAAUCGACAAAUACCUGAUGUCACGGUGUGAUGUCAGGGUUGACGAUGAAACGUUUAAUUAUGUGAUGGCCUGGGUGUCGAAGCAGCGGUUUGCAUUGAAGUCGAGGCGCUUUGUCGUUAACACCAAUACCAAUAGUCGGUCUUGGCAUCUAUGGCGAAGCUUCCAUGAAGACGACGAUGACGAGGACGACGAGAACAACUACAGCCGAGACCCCGCCAACCGCAAGAAGAAGGCUCUCGCAUACACGCCCACGUUUGGGAGCCACCAAUUCUGGUACCGCAACCACCUUCUCAUCUUCCGCCGCACCGAGAACACCCAGCAGGGCGCCUACGGCUCCGCCAGCAUGCGGGAGGAGAUCUCCAUCUCGUGCUACGGCCGCAACCCGUGGAUCCUCAAGGAGCUCCUCUAUGAGGCCCGCGAUGACUAUCUGAAGAGGGACGAGACUAAAACGGCGAUCUAUCGCGGCACUACCAAGGCGGGGAGUGCCGAGCCGGAGUGGCAGCGCUGCAUGUCGAGGACCGCGCGGCCAUUCUCGACGGUUAUUCUGAACGAGAAGGUCAAGCAGGAAUUGAUCGACGACGUGACGGACUACCUUGAUCCGUCGACCCGGCGGUGGUAUGCGAACCGCGGGAUCCCCUACCGCAGGGGGUACUUGCUUUACGGUCCACCAGGAACUGGCAAGUCUUCACUGAGCUUGGCCCUAGCGGGCUUCUUCCGGAUGCGCAUCUACAUGGUCAGUCUGAGCUCGGUGACGGCGAACGAGGAGAAUCUGGCUUCGCUGUUCGCUGAGCUGCCGCGUCGUUGCGUUGUACUGCUCGAGGAUAUCGACACUGCCGGGUUGACCCACACGCGCGAGGACGGAGCAACAACCGAGGGGGCUGCGGCGCCCGCGGGGGGCACAGAGACACCCAACAACGGAGGGAAGCCCGGGCCUGUGGUCGCCGUCGCCGGCCGGCUGUCGCUUUCUGGUCUGCUCAACAUUUUGGAUGGUGUGGCCUCGCAGGAAGGGCGGGUGCUCAUCAUGACGACUAACCAUGUAGAGAAGCUCGACAAGGCUCUCAUCCGCCCCGGGCGUGUCGAUAUGAUCGUCAAGUUUGACCGCGCGGACGAGACCAUGACUGCGCAGAUCUUCAAGGCGAUUUACGCUCCCCUCGAGGGCGAUGAAACCGAUGGCCUAACUGGCAAAGCUAACGGUAUGACUGAUGCCACAACUACGGGAGUGACAACCACGGAGUUCCUGUCGAGCAAGUUAUUCAAGUCCACCCCACUUCAGCCCACGGUAGAGGACGAUAAGAAGCAAGCCGAGGCCGCCGAGGCCGCUGCCGAAGCAGCCCGCAAGCGUGAAGAGACGGUCGCCAAAGUAGACGCCUUGGCCGUGCAGUUCGCGGCCCGGAUUCCCGCGCACGAGUUCUCGCCCGCCGAGAUCCAAGGGUUCCUUCUCAAGAACAAGCGGGAGCCAGAAAAGGCGGUGGAAGGGGCGGAGCAGUGGGUGCUGACGACACGCAAAGAGAAGAAGGAGAAGGAGUUGCGGGAUGCGGAGGAGAAGAGGGAGGCGGAGAAGAAGGAGAAGGAAGAGAAGGAAGCAAAGGAAAAGAAAGAGAAGAAGAAGAAGGCCAAGAAGGCGAAGAAGGGGAAGAAGUCGUCGAAGAAGAGCAAGAAGGAGGAGAGUGAGGAGUCGGCUUCAGGAUCGUCGUCGUCUUCCGAGAGCGAUGCGUCUGAGUCGGAGCGUGAAAAGGAGAAAGUUAAGAAGAAGCAGCGUAAGGCGGCGGCUGCUGCGGCUACUGUCCCGGCCGUUGUGGUCUCUACCGCCCCCGAUGCUGCUACAGCAGCCGCUCCUGAUACCACGACUACCACCGACACCACUGCCACUGCCACUGACACCACUGCUAUAACUACUGAGACUCCCGCAGCCCCUGUGGAGCCCAAGAAGGACGAGACGGAAACAAAGGACGAGGAGGACGCGUCUGCAUCGACCCCCGCCGUUGUCGUCGUCACCCCACCAAGCACCAUCACCGUCGACACCACCGCCAAGGCCAAGGAGGUGUCCGAGGGGACAGAUCGGACACCCGGAGCUGAUUCUGGGUAUGGGACGCCGUCGUGA